AUGACAUCAGUUAAGCUACCACGUCCGCUAGAAAACAAUACGCGCUCAGUGCAAGCGGCGUGCCCGAGUCGGACACACGAGGACCUUUAUGGACGAGAGACGGUGUGCGACUUGCGAUGCCCUGGGGCGGCGCAGCCUAUCCAGCAAACUGCUCCAGGUGGCUACGGCGCAGGCGCAUAUGCGGACCUGCUCUCAUGUAACCACGUCCACGGAACAUGCGCAGCAAUCAGACCUCGCAUCACGCGCCCUCGCCGC